AGUAUCACAAAUAAAGUUAUAAAAUUUUAGCAAAAAGAAAUGAUACAAGAACAUGAAUGCAGAUAAAUAUAUUUUACAAAUAUUUUUGUAAAACUGUUUAUAUUAUCCAUAUUUUGCAAAUAACAAUGUUCCACUGAUUUUGACAAAGAGAGUCCACAUUUGGAAGUAAAAAAAAUUAAUAUUAUUGGAAAUACACUGCAAGCAGAGAUACAAUGAUUUUUUUUUUUUUAGAAUUUAAUAAUUUCAGUACACAGUAAUUUGAAAAUCUUUUUGUCUGUUACCAAAUUGUUUGACGAAUGCCAUAUUGUGUAGCGCAGCCAUAGUAAUCAAUAUUUCAGGAUAAUCAUAGAUGUUCGAUUUUCAGUAUAAGUGGCAGGCGUCAAUAUAACUGUAGAGAACUAUUAUUUUCUUAUCUACGAUACAAUUAUGCACAACGUCAAUUAAUUUAAAUGGGCAAUGAUGCAUACUUGUCGUAUAAGAUUCGAAAUUAUGCUUAAUAAACAGUAUGGUUACACACAUCGACUUAUACAUCAUCAAAUGUCUAGUAUAAUUGCAUUCAUCAAAUUGAUUUCUUCCAUUUCGAAAAGAAGGACAUUCAUCCUCUUGAUACGAUUACCGCUUCUAUAUCAAUUACAUAUCUGAAAAUAUGGACAUAUUUCAGAAGACCAGAAACAAAUGUAUCAAUAUAUUUGAUAUUCCUUAUUAUAAAUUGCUCGAGAAAUAUAUGAAAUUUUUGGGACAAGAUCCACGCCAAAGAGAUGGAUUCAGAAAUAUUAUUGUAAUUACAAUGGUGACUAGUAUUUCUGGUAUUCUUAUUCCAACGUCAUUAGAAUUAUACACAUCAUUAUGUGAUAAAAAUAUGGAUGCAGUGAUCGAGUGUCUACCCCAUUUGAUCGCGGCUGCAACAAGUGUUGUUAAACUUUUGAAUAUUCAUUUCAACAGAGAAAAUUUUAAAAAAUUAUUUGAAUUUAUAAUAAAAGAAUGGGAAAAGUUUGAAUUAAAUAAUCAAUUUCAUGUUCUUGAAGAAAUUACCAUAAAAGGUAGUAAAAUGGCACAGUUGUAUCGAAAUACAUUAUUAUCCUUUAUGGUAUUAUUUUUACUCGUACCAUUAAUUUUUCCUCUUCUGGAUAUUAUUCAUCCAUUAAACGAAACUCGGCCGAGACAGCAAUUAUUUAGAGUUAAUUAUUUGAUAUUUAACCAUAAUGAUUACUUUUUUUACAUAUAUUUGCAGUUAGCUUGGGGAUCUAUCAUUGUUGUGAUGAUCAUAGUUACUAUAGAUUCGUUGUACAUGAUUAUAAUUCAUCACAGCAGCGGAAUGUUUGCGAUGUGUGGGUAUAAAGUUCAAGAAGCGACCAGAUAUCCAAAUCUAUUCAAUGAUAGAAUUAUUUCAGAAAAUUACACGUAUGAACAGCUUAAAAAUUGCAUAACUAUUCACGAUAAAGCCCUUCAAUUUUACAAUAUUCUGAACGAAAGCAGUCGAAAUAGUUAUUUAAUUCAAGUUGGAUUAAAUAUGAUGGGUAUAAGCGUAACAGCAGUCCAAACAGUCGUAAAUCUAGAUAAACCGGAAGAAGCGAUUAGAACUGCUGUAUUUCUUGGAGCUGAACAAUUUCAUUUGUUUGUAAUCAGCUUACCUGGACAGGUACUUCUGGAUCAUUGUACAGAAUUGGCAAAUAAUAUUAAACAACAAUGUUCAGUGUUACAGAAGAGCAACGAACAAGAAUAUAACGUAUUCGAUAUUGAAUAUUAUAAAACGCUCAAAUUAUAUUUAACGAUCUGUGGGAUAAAUCCGUAUCAAAAUAAUAAUAUUAGUAUAAUUAUAAUAGUCAUGAUAAUCUCCGUUUGCAUGAGCUUUCUUUGUCCAACGUCUAUACAAUUAUGGGAGGCCAUAAGUAAUAAGGAUUUCGAUAACAUUAUUCAGAAUAUACCUCAAGUAAUUACAGUAAUUAUCAGCAUGAUAAAGAUAUUAAAUAUUUAUUCUAACAAAAUGCAGUUUAAAAAAUUAUUUUACUCUUUGGCGCAAGAUUGGAAAUCAUUAGAAUCAAAAGAAGAAUUAAUCAUGCUACACAAAUUUACUCAAUAUGGUAGUAAACUUGCACUCCUGUAUAGGAGAAGUUUAUUAACUUUUCUUGUAAUAUUUCUCUCUCUUCCUUUAUGUAAUCCUAUUCUGGAUGUUAUUUUACCGUUAAAUGAAACCCGACCACGACAAAAUAUAUUUAAUGUUAAUUACAUAAUUCUAGAUAAUUAUGAAUAUUUUUAUAUUGUGUAUAUGCAUUUAUCUUGUUCUGCGGCUAUUAUUGUAAUAAUAAUAAUCUCAGUAGAUUCGUUAUACAUUUCUAUUAUUUACCAUGCUUGUGGAUUGUUUGCAGCAUGUGGGUAUCAGAUUCAAAAAUUAACAAAAGUUCAUACUAUUAAAAAAAAUGGACCUAACAUAAGCAACAUUGAUUACGAAGAAUUCAAACAAUGCGUGAUAAUGCAUUAUAAAUGUCUUCAACUUUACGAUGUACUCGAGAAGUGUUGUAGAAAUUUAUAUUUGAUCCAGAUGGGAUUAAAUAUAAUGAUUAUCAGCGUGACAUGUGUUGAAGUAGUUGUAUUUUUAGAUCGACCGGAAGAGGCCAUCAGGGCUGUUAUUUACGUUAUAGCUCAACAAUUUCAUUUAUACGCUAUUAGUUUGCCUGGAGAAACAUUACUCAAUCAAAGCUCAAAAUUGGCUGAUAAAAUAUAUGAUUCUGAAUGGUACAAAAUACCAAUGAAAGUUCAAAAAGUACUUCAUAUAAUGCAAAUUAGAUCCAACAAACCAUGUAUAUUAACAGCAGCGGGAUUAUACGAAAUGAAAAUUGAAAGUUUCGGAAUAACAAUUAAAACAUGUAUGUCAUAUUUCAUGAUGUUUUUAUCACUAAGAGAGUAAUUUUCGUUACUAUAUGAAAAUAUGUAUUCAUACAUUCUAAUCUUAUGAUUUAUCAACAAUUUGAUAUUUCGCUUUCUAAUUAUAAAAGCGAUUUUAUUAUGUGCAAAUAAAAUUAUACUACUUCAAAAAAAUUAUUUAAUCGAUAUCAAUUAUAUUUAUACCAUAUAUAUACUAAUAUUAAGUUCGUAUACAUUACUUAAGUUAUUUAUGUAUUCUCAAUAAAUAGAUGUUAUUCUAAUUAAGA